ACUACGUCAUACAAUAAUAAGGAAGUAGCGGCCAAACAAACAGCACGAGUAGAUUAUUUUUUGGAGCUUUAUGGAGAGAUACUCGCUCCAGAAUGUCAUCGGUGAGGGGUCUUUCGGUCGGGCUUUGUUAGUCUGGUGUAAAAUCAAUCAGGAGAAGUAUGUGCUUAAGGAAAUCCAGCUUCCCAAGAAUCACUCCAAAUUGGAGAAUUCGAGGAGAGAAGCCAUCCUGCUUUCCAGAAUGAAACAUCCAAACAUUGUGGCCUUCAGGGAGGCAUUCGAAGCUGAUGGCCUCCUUUGUAUUGUUAUGGAGUACUGCAGUGGAGGAGACCUGCUCCAGAGGAUCCGGCAACAGAAAAUUACGCAGUUCUGUGUUGAUGAUAUUUUGAGGUGGUUUGCUCAAAUGUGUGCUGCCGCAGAGCAUAUCCAUGAUAAACGAGUUUUGCACAGAGAUCUGAAGUCCAAGAACAUUUUCCUGACAGAUAAUGGGAUAAUCAAGCUUGGGGACUUUGGCUCAGCAUGUAUUCUGAACAGCUCAAAGGCAUACGCUCAUACAUAUGUUGGGACACCAUAUUACGUGGCUCCAGAAAUCUGGGACAAUAAGCCAUACAACAAUAAGAGUGAUGUGUGGUCUCUGGGCUGUGUUCUCUACGAGCUCUGCACCCUGCGACACCCGUUCCAGGCACCCAGCUGGAAGAGCCUCAUUCUCAAGGUGUGUCGGGGUGCGUACCCUCCCCUCCCAAAUCACCUGCCGUACGAGCUGCAGUAUUUGGUCAAGCAGAUGUUUAAGACAAACCCAAAAGACAGGCCGUCCCUGCACAGCAUCCUGACCUCUCACCGGGUUUCCAGACUCCUGCGUGCACAUCUGCCCUCCCAGGCGCUUGAGACGCAGGAACAGGGGAGGCGUACGGGUCGAUGGAACAGAGAAGAGGGAAAGAAGGUGGCUAAUCUUCUGGGAGAGAAGAGUUUAAUAAAAACAUCAACAUUUGAAGGUGUGGAGUUAGCUGAAGCCCACUGUGGAAGCAGAGAGCCAGGUCCUCGAAGGCAUUGGGCCGCUGAGCCGUCAGACACCGUGCUGCAGAUGUUGGCCAAUGCCAGCCUCGUUUCAUCUGACAGCAUGACAUCAACCAGCCAAUCCCUCACAGGUGUAUCAGAGGAGCCAGAGGACAGCAGGCAGAGGAAACGAUGGGACAGGGAUCCUCCUCAGAGGCUUCUGAGUCUGUUGGAGAAGGCCCAGCUGAGCAGAGCCUUCAGCACCUUUUUAAUAAGUACAGGAGGCGACGACCCUCUGGUGGGACCCCUCUUCCAGCCGCAGGGUGACCACCCUGACGGUCCUGAGCCUGAAGUGGCAGUAGAUGAAGACCGUCUGCAGCCUCGCUCUGACGACGAGGACACAGACUUUGAAGAAGAAUCUCCAUGCGACUGGAUGGAUGAAGUUGAGAAAAUGUUUUCAGACCACUAAAAGCCUCAUUUCCUCUGAGACAAUCACAAGGCUGUCAUUGAUGUAAACAUUCACUAAACACACUAACUGUUAGCCAAAAUCAUUAUGUAUAAGACCAUGUCUGGAUCUUAUAAAUGAGAACCAAUUUUUAUAGCAGGUUACUGUAUCCAAGUUUACAAAAUCCCAUUUAAGCUCAGACAGUGAGUUUUUGAUUUUGUAUGUUUCAAGCAUUGCACUGAUUGUUGUGAUUUCACUGCUACAACAAAAACACUCAAAUUCUAAUUUAGUAUUGUUCAACUUGUUGUCAUAAAACAAUUUCUUACGUAAAUAUGUGUGAGAUGUGUGUGUGUGCUCUGUCGAUUGAACAUCUGCUGUGUACUGUUCGGGUUACCAAUGAUAACAUUCCCAGCAGAUGGAGGCCGUCUGACUCGAGGCUCCUGUUUGGCUUGUCGGGGAAGCAGGAAAUAUUAGACUCAGAGAAGCUCGUGCUCCAUGGGGUCACAUCAUUUUGAGCCCGCCCACACCUUUUUGAUGUCCACUUCCUCUGCAAUUUCAAAAGUAGACUAAACAUGUUCUGUCAUAGUAUCUUUUGUCUUUUAUUCUCUUGGUGAGACUCAAACUAAUCUGGACCCUUUAGCUGUUGUGUUAUUUUUAAUUUGCUGUAACCACAAAUGGUGCUGACACCAAGUGUACAAUAAGUGUUUAUUAUGUACCACUAGGUGGAGUUGAAAUCACUUGUGUGAACCUUUUGUAGUGGGUAGGAGUGAGAAAUGUUAGAAUACGGUUC